UGAAUCUCUCUCGGGGCGCUUUAGGCAAAAGAGAAGAAUAAUUGAAAUAGGGCGAAGAGGAGAAGAAAAAAAACAGAGACAUCGAGAAAUACGAACAUACAAAAAAAAAGUCUCCGACUUUUAUGGCAACCCGUCUCCUCCGAUCACCGACCCUCCUCCGGCGUAUCCGCUGCUCCUCCCCUGCGACCCCCCUCGUCGGAAAUCCCUCCGCCGCCGCCUCCACCGCCGCCGUCCCCGACAUCCUCGCCUUCGGACAACCAAAACCCGACGAGCCCGAGCCUCUGCAACCCAAAUCCAUCCCCGACCUCGACAUCUCCGACGAGGCCAGACUCUUCGCCGGCGUUCCCACGACGGAGCUCCUACGCUCCACCGCUGUGCUCCAUGCGGCGGCGAUCGGGCCAAUGGUCGAUCUUGGGUCAUGGGUCAUGAGCUCCAAACUCAUGGACAUGGCGACAACGAGGGAAAUUGUUAACGGAAUCGUAAGGAGGACGUUCUACGAUCACUUCUGCGCCGGAGAGGACGCGGCGGCGGCAGGGCGACGCGUGAGACGCGUGUACGAGUCUACGGGUCUAAAGGGUAUGCUCGUCUACGGCGUAGAACACUCCGACGACGGCGGCGCGUGUGACGACAAUAUGCAGAAGUUCCUCGAGACCAUCGAUGCCGCGAGAGCAGUUCCUUCUGAUUACGUUAGCUCCGUGGUUGUGAAGAUAACGGCGAUUUGUCCGAUCAGCUUGUUGAGACGAGUGAGCGACCUGCUUCGUUGGCAAUACAAAAACCCUAGUUUUGUUCUCCCUUGGAAGCUCAAGACGUUGCCGGUUUUCUCCGGUUCAAGCCCACUUUACCACACCCACUCUAAGCCGGAACCGUUGACCGGAGAGGAAGAACGAGAGCUCGAAAACGCACACGAAAGGCUACGAACCAUAUGCCGCGCGUGUCAAGAGGCCAAUGUACCGUUGUUGAUCGACGCCGAGGACACGAUCCUCCAACCCGCGAUCGAUUACAUGGCGUAUUGGUCGGCGAUCUUGUUCAAUUCCGACAAGAGGAGACCGAUAGUGUACAAUACGAUUCAGGCGUAUCUGAAAGAUUCGGGGGAGAGAUUGCACUUGGCUUUACGAGAAGCCGAGAAAUCGGGAGUUCCUUUAGGGUUCAAGCUCGUGAGAGGUGCUUACAUGUCGAGCGAGGGGAGACUGGCGAGUUCCUUGGGUUGCAAGUCACCGGUUCACGACACUAUCCAGGAGACUCACGCUAGCUACAACGAAUGCAUGUCGUUCUUGCUCGAGAAGGCCGCGAGUGGUUCGGGCGUAGGUGUCGUUCUCGCCACUCAUAACACCGAUUCAGGUAAACUAGCGGUGAAGAAGGCGAAGGAUCUCGGGAUCGAUAUUGAGGAGAGGAAGAUCGAGUUUGCGCAGUUGUACGGGAUGUCGGAUUCCUUGUCGUUCGGGCUGAAGAAGGCAGGUUUCAACGUCAGCAAGUACAUGCCGUUUGGACCGGUCGAGACAGCGAUACCAUACUUGCUCAGACGGGCGGAGGAGAACCGGGGAAUGCUCGCCACUACGUCCCUUGACCGCCAACUUAUGAGGAAGGAGCUCAAGAGGAGAUUGAAGGCUGCGAUUGUGUGAGUGAAGACUUCAAAAUGUAGAUUUAAGAAAUUAUUCGAAUUUAAGUUUCGCAAUGUAUGUUAAUAUGUUUCUUUCCUGAUUAAUAAUAAUAAUGCUUUUAGCAUA